CAUACACGAUAUCUGAUGAGAAGUACUAAUAUUACAUCUAAAGAGGUACACCCAGGCGUACGAGAUCAUCCUAGAACAGCAAACAGAGCGAUGGAUAGAACAGAGGAUACAGAACAGAGGAAGCUCAGGUUCUUCGCCACCACUGGGGAGCUCCCGCCGAACUGGAUGAAGAUCAAGAAGAAGAAGGGCAAGGGAAGCCGCAAGAAAGGGUUCUCUGACGAGCAGGUCAAGUCUCUCGAGACCAUGUUUGAGUCCGAGACGAAACCCGAGCCAAGGAAGAAGGUGGAGAUAGCCGCAGAGCUCGGGCUGCAGCCCCGACAAGUAGCGAUAUGGUUCCAGAACCGGAGGGCUCGGUGGAAGUCAAAGCGAGUUGAGCAAGACUACGGUGUUCUGAAAGCUAGUUACGAUAAUUUAGCCGCCGAGUAUGAGGCUCUACAGAAGGAGAAACAGAAUUUGCAAGCCGAGGUGCAAAGGUUAAGGGACAUGGUAGGGAAAACAAUAUCCGGCGACCGGAAUGCAGAUAGAGGCAGCUGCGGUGCUUCAAAAGAAUACUGCACACAAGACAACUCAGUCGAUGAAUACUGCAACAGAGGGCCCGAUCCCAUGUGCACAAACGAGGAAGAUCUCGAAGGGAAUGGAUCCAUCGGGUGCAGGUCACGUGAUGGUGCGACCGGGAUCUCCAUGGCGGAUGGGUUCAAGCUCCUGAACAUGAAGGAAGAAGAGCUCGAGGAAGAGGAAGAUGGCUCGCUUGGGUUACUGUCGUUCGACUCGAACAGCAACUCGGACUACUCGCUGAGCAGUACAGCAUGGUGGAACUUCUGGACUUGAAAGAAGGGUUUUCUUUGGUCCGUCUGGUGGGUUUGUUUUCUGUUUUUAAUAUUUGUCGGAGAAAGAAGAGAAAUCUGCUCGGAAAAUGGAGAAAACAGAGGAAAACAGAAAACAAUGAUCAGCUGUUUGAUUGAUAAUCCUGUUAUCUUUGUGAAUUGAGGUUCUCCCUCUGUGGCGUGAGAGCUUGGGACUGUAAAAGUAUCUCCUUAGCCAAAAAGAGAGCUUGGGAGUGUAAAUAUGUAUGUAUAUGAGAUAGCUUUGGUGCUAGAGCACCAUUAAAAUUUCCUUACACCCAUUCCUCUUCCAGUAUGUUUCUUUUCGUAUGAAA